UGAAGGGCCAAUGCACUGUCAGACAGAGGCAGAGAAGCAUCAUUAAUUGAGGCAAGAUUUUUCUGGCCUGACACUUUCAGGGAGCCAAGAAGGACAGUCUGCACACCGCUAUGGACAGCCUCUUGAUGAACCAGAAGAAGUUCCUUUACCAUUUCAAAAACGUCCGCUGGGCUAAGGGUCGGCAUGAGACCUACCUGUGCUAUGUAGUGAAGAGGCGGGACAGUGCUACUUCCUUUUCACUGGACUUUGGUCAUCUUCGCAAUAAGAAUGGCUGCCACGUGGAGCUGCUCUUCCUCCGCUACAUCUCGGACUGGGACCUGGACCCUGGCCGGUGCUACCGCGUCACCUGGUUCACCUCCUGGAGCCCCUGCUACGACUGUGCCCGACACGUGGCCGACUUUCUGCGAGGGAACCCCAACCUCAGCCUGAGGAUCUUCACUGCGCGCCUCUACUUCUGUGAGGACCGCAAAGCUGAGCCCGAGGGGCUGCGGCGGCUGCACCGCGCUGGGGUGCAAAUCGCCAUCAUGACCUUCAAAGGUGCGGGAGGGCCUUCCGCGCAGGCGCAGCGCGGCCGCCCGCGUUCGGGACUGCGGUGCGGGAUCAAUCCGUCCGCGGGGAGGCUUGAGUGGAAGACGUGGGCGGGGAUUCUGGCUCACUUUUGGAGCCGAAAUUAAAGGUUACAAGAAGAGAAAA